CAUCGGCCAAUGACGGCAUCGACAAUUGACACUGGUGCCUUGGAAUUUAGGCACCAUCUAGGCAUUAUCUAGGGGUCCAUGCCGCACUUUGGCCUAAACGACACGAGGGUACAUCGUUGACAUUGUAUUGUUCCUAUAUGCGAGAGCAAUGAGGAUCAAGUACUUGAUUUCAAAUUGUCAGAGGGUUCAAUCCAACUAUGGCUAUUUGGACUAUGCACACAUCCACUUUACCAGCGUACGAUAUACUAGGACGAGAAUCCCGAAGCAGUCGACCCAUCAGCCAACUUCCCUCGUCGCACACCUCCUCUACAUUGAACCAAUUAUCCAACGGCUUCUGUCUUCUGAGUGAGCAACUUACGCCAUGACACUUUGAAACCCAGAAUAGCAUUGAAUGACCCUCACAUGGCUUGCCAAGUGAAUCAAUCGGCUGUCAUUACCGGGUUAUUCACGCAUGAUCCUGUCCGGAGACAAACAUCACGCGCUUUCGGGGGAUAAAGAGCCACCAUUGGUUCGGAAGACAGCUCUGCACUUCUGGGCAAUCUCUUGGUCUAUAGACUUGGCAUAGACGCGGCCAGCGGGGCUAGCGCUAAACGUACGCGUCCGGAGCAUCCGCCACUCCUUGCCAAGCCCUGGCCAAGUCGAAGCUGUUCGCAAAUUUCCCCCUGCAAUAGGCACCAAUGUACAAGUCUGGGCUCCUUUCAGGGGUUCUAUACGUUUUACCGGUGUCUCGGCAGUGGCUAUGGGAGCCACUAGCCAACCGGAAGGGCGGAUUGCGCCAAAAGGCAUCUUGGUGCUUGGGAUGUAACCGCCAAAACCCGCCCUCUGUCUUUCACUCCAUCAGUGCCAAGAUAAGUGAUGGAUCAUUGAACAGUUCUCAUUAUGCUGGUUGUGGGCACCCGAAGGGAUUGGCAAGACCUAAUUUCUGUUAUUAGUACCACUAAUAACCCACCCCCUCCUGCAAACCUGUUCAACGUGUGGCGGCAUUCUAUACAUUUACAACUCUCAUUCUCCAUACACUCGUUUAAAAUUCAUUACUUGUGGCUCAUUCGAAACUUCGAUCCUGAAAGAAAGGACUUCCACGUCUUCUUAUUUCCGAUUAUCUUAUCCAGCAAUUCCCAGCCGCACUGCACACAUGACCCGCCAAUGGCUAGGUGCAAGACAGUGCCUUUUGCUCUCAUUAGGGCUGUCAAGCCUCACACACGUUAUGGCAGCAGGCAUAACUAUGGAUAUAGAUAGCACUGAUUCAAUAAAAUCAGCGGCGAGUACAGUGGCAUACGAUCUAGUCACCUUCUAUACCGGCAAUAACAGUGGAGAUGUUCCCGGAAAUCUUCCUGAUCCAUAUUACUGGUGGGAAGCAGGAGCUUUCUUUGGAGCUUUGAUCAACUACUGGGCCUUUACCGGAGAUACCACCUACAACACAAUCACCGUCCAAGCAAUGGAACACCAAGCCGGGACAAAAGGAGACUUCAUGCCCUUAAAUCAGACAUACACUGAGGGUAAUGAUGAUCAAUCGUUUUGGGCCCUGUCAGCCAUGAUGGCUGCCGAGCGGAAUUUUACGAAUCCAUCCUCCUCCUCACCGGGCUGGUUAGCAAUGGUACAGGCGGUCUUUAACGAGCAAGCUCAUCGAUGGGAUACGGCCACCUGUGACGGUGGUUUACGCUGGCAAAUCUACACUUGGAAUGCCGGAUAUGGUUACAAAAACACCAUUUCAAAUGGUUGCUUCUUCGACAUUGCAGCUCGACUGGCGCGGUAUACGGGAAAUGCGACAUACGCCGAAUGGGCCAAUAAAGCCUGGAAUUGGUCCAAAAGUAAUGGAUUGAUUACAGCGGACUACCAGGUCUAUGAUGGCACCACUGUUGACUCGAAUUGCUCCUCCUAUGACCGGACUAAGUGGACUUAUACUGCCGGUAUUUACCUUCAUGGAGCUGCCGUGAUGUAUAACUACACUUCAUCUCUCUCCUCAAACUCAUCUUCCAACUCAUCCACUGUGUGGAAGAACCGACUCGACGGACUACUCACGUCCGCCAACCACUUCUUCUCCACGGACAACUCCAGUACAAAUGUAAUGGAAGAGCCCCCCUGUGAGUCAAGUGGUAGCUGCGACACGGAUCAAUUAUCCUUCAAGGCAUACUUGUCCCGCUGGUUUGCGGACAUCAUACAGCUCGCGCCUUAUACCUACGACACCAUUAUAGCAAAGGUCCGGGCUACCGCAACGGCUGCUAUCAGUCAGUGUCAAGGAGGUGAUACUGGAACCUAUUGUGGACAUCAAUGGUCAAGUGGCAGCUAUGAUGGUACCACGGGAGUCGGGCAGCAGAUGGGUGUUCUCGAGGUUCUUCAUGGACUUCUUGCCACGGACAUCAGUGGCCCCGUCACGGCGAACACAGGUGGGACAAGCGAAGGUGACAGCGCGGCUGGAACUGGGUCGGAUGAAACGGAGAGUGAAAUUCUAUACUCUGCGAUAACGACUGCGGAUAGAGCUGGGGCAGCGAUCCUGACAGUAGUUGUUGCUGGCUUGAUAUUUUUUGCUGUAUAUGUGAUGCUUGUGUGAAUUUGCAGCCUUUUCCGUUUGGAUUGGUAUGUGGAAAGAUAAAACAUAUUCAAAAUCGCCAUCAUUCGAGCCUGUUUCCAUGUAAUAUUGUCGAAAGACUGCUUAAAUGAUUCUCGUUUCGUCUGUGACCCGAUAGUUACGGAGAAUACAUAACUUGGCGGGG